AUGUUUAUCGAUGUCGCGCAUCAGUUGGUGUUGAUCGACGCGACAUUUCGAACAUUGGCUUUCAACUGGCUGUCACUUGCUCUGUUGUUUUCAUUUUCACAUAAACAGUAUUUACGAUCUGCAGACUGCUCGACAAGAAAUUUUUCCUCGACCACUUUCUUGGCGUCUUUUCGCUUUUUCUUCUCGGAAAUUAUGAUGAACAACAUUGAACAAUUACUCGAAGCUGCCAAAAUACUUGAGAAAAGAGAUGAAGCCAAGAAACGAUCCUCUACUCCUAUCAAAAUGGUUAAAAAAUCUACACGAAGAUCACCAAGUUAUAGUCGUACAACACACAACCAACUGGAAAAAAACCGACGAGCACAUUUAAGGGACUGUCUUGAAUUGUUGAAAGAUCUUGUACCCUCCCCUCCAGAACAUCAAAAAGCAACUACAUUAGCUCUUCUUCAGAGCGCUCAGCAAUACAUCAAGGUUUUACAAGCCUCAGAGAAAGAAGCGAUUGAAAACAAACGAAAAUUAGCACAAGAGCAGAUGUUUCUYAGACGUAAGUUAUUACUGCUACGAGGUGGAAAUGAAUUAAAGCGACCAAGAAGUUCUGAAGGUGACUCAACUACAAGUGAAGAGAUAGACGUUGAAAACGAYGAGGAAACAGGUUAUGCAAGUGGGGAGUCUGAAGACUUAUGCAGCAAYGAAAGUGUUGUCAGUGAGGGAAGUGACGGGGGACUUACUGUAAAUACAAGAUUAGACAUCCGUGUAUCAUAGAAACUUAGCUACAUAUCAAACCUAGAAUGCCUUGGGAUUAAGACAAAUUCCAAACUAGACAUCCAUUUUCAUUCUUUAUGUUGCUCCUGCCAAAUGGAAUGAAGAUUAAUGCAAAAUUAUCAAUCAUCCUCCCAGACUAUUCAAUUUACGACUUCUUGUCUUAGUACCAUGGCUUUCUUAUCUGCCAACAUCAAAUGUUAGCCAUCUAUUAUAAACAAAUGACUCCCUUAACUUCUAAAGUUUUUGGAUAGAAAUCUAUAUUAAUACAGUGCAUCACCAAUCAUGAGGAAGUUGUUUCACUUGUCAUGCAGCUGCUUCAGAAGCUAAUAGUCUAAGAUUCUCCAUUGCUAUGUGAAUAUUCUAACAGUUUAACACAAAGUUCCCAAGGUACUUAAAUACAUUGUCUUGCUUUAAGCUGUUUUUUUUUUCUUUUACAAAAUGCAUUUCAAAUGUGCUUUUACAAAGCAUGUUUGAUUGCCAAUAUAUAUUAUUAUAGACUAUUUUGAGAUAUCACAAAAGUCAGUAGUGUAGUGGGUUUGCAAGGUUUUUUGUCAUGGUGAUUGUUGAUUUUGACUGUUUGAAGAGUGAUGUCAGAUUUUCCACCCCACAUUGUCUGGUGUGGCUGCCUGUAGAUUAUGAAAAUUUAUAAUAUUUAAAGUAAAAUGUACAAUAUAACGGUGAUAUGUGUAUACAACAAUGUAAAAAGCAAUAUUAUAUAAAAGUAGCAAUCACAUACAUAGCUAAAAUAUACCUAAAGUAUCAGUACAUCAUAUAGCAUGUUAAUUUCUGUACAUCAUUUAAUGAAUUUUAGUGAGUUUUAUUUUUGCCAUUUUCUCAUGGUCUUGACAGUGUUGGUAUUUUACUUUGUUAGAGAAAAAUUCAUCCACAAUAAUUAUUGAAAAAUUCAGGGAUAGUCAACUUGCAAACUUUUAACGUUGUUAGUUGUCAAAUUCUUCUUCCUCCCAAUGCGAGGCUAUCAAAGAGACUUUUUUUUGUUCAUCAGAUUCUUAUUUAGUUACUUUCCACAAGCUGAGUUAACCUGAUCAAUACUUAUGCUGAAAGGAAAUUGGUACUGCAUACCAUUUGCRUCAUGAUUUCACUAGUUUUAGUUUCACUCUGAAUGUGCAGCCUAAGAUAAUUCUAAAUACUUUUUUAUCUGUUUCACUCCAAUACAAAAUACUUUUUUACAGCUCUGUACUUAUUCCUAACACUAGUAGAGCAACAUUGUUGUCAAAGUCUUCACUGGUUUCUUGGUGUAGAUCCAGUGUGCCUUAGAAAGAUUUUAUUGACAGUGUUUCUCUUGAUUCAAAUUACAUGUACAUUGAUUAAUGCACAGAAACAUAAUUGAAUUCUUAAUAUACGGAAAGUCAAUUUUAAUUUUAUUGUCACAUGAGACUCUUUACUGAAAACAGUAGUUCUGCUUUGAAAGGCAAUAUGAAAUUGCAUUAUUUUUGCAGUUUGCUUGCUUUUCGGUUGGCUGUCUUGUAAUUUGUUUGCAGUGCUCAUUCUUCUACUUCCCAAUACUAUCUUGAAGAGAAGUCUUCCACCAAUGAUGAAUGAUUAAGACCAGGGAAUAAUUGUCCUAGUUGUGAARAAGACUAUUUUAUCAUGGAAGCCCAACCUUAAUCUUGAUUACAAGAUAUUGGUACCUUUAAAGAUAGCACUGGGAAUAGUAAGGAGGAGUAUUGAAAAUGUCUUUAUUAUUUUAAGACAAAUUUAUAUCCUUAUCUUGGUUAAGUUAGGUUAUAAUCUCAUGUAUAUGCUCAAGUACUUUAUGAUAGACUUAAAGGAUUUUUCAGUAUUUGAUGUCUCCAAAUUAAAGAACCAAAAUAUCAUUUCACAAAUGUUUCAUAAGCCACUUGYGCAUAUACAUGCAUUUACAACAAUAACAAUAUUUAUAAUCUAUUCACAUCUCGUGCUUUAUUGCACUAUUGUACAGUUCUUCGCUUGCCACGCCUGAGUAUUCCUUACUGUAAUAAAGGUGUUGGUAUUUUUAACAUGAUUGUAAAUAGUCCAUAUUUUUUAGCAAAGUGCAUUGCCAAGACUGCAAUUUUAUAAAUUAUUAUUAUCAAUGUUAGCAAGUUUCAAAGGAAUAGUAAAGAUGUUUUGAACCUCAGCAAAAAUAA